AUGAACAAGCAAAUCGCGGCCGGCCGCAAGCCCGCCGGCCCUUUACCCGAAGGAGCGCCUGGUGUGGGGGACACCUCGUUCGAAGCCCCGCGCGAUGUCCCUACCCUCGGACGCCGUCAUGCCGACCGGGUUGCCUCAUCCCGCGUCAACGACGAUGCUGCCUUCGAUGACGAUGAUGACGCCGCGGACUACGAUUACAACGAGUGCAACGAGGCCUGCGAAGACGACGCGGACUCUGGUGAGGAGCAGGACAAGGGCAUGUCCCCCUCCGAGGAUGAAGUUGACGCCGACGAGGACGCCGAUGCCGACGAAGACGCUCCCGAAGAGGCCCAGCCUGCGUCUCCGGCUCCUCGUCGCGGCCGUGCGUCUGCCGCUGCGGGAACCAAGACUGCUGCUAAGGGCGGGGAACCUCCGCGUGCCGCUGCCAAGACCCGUAACUUGCAUCCUGUUAAGCGGAGCAUGUGGUCCCCCCGCAAGAACACAAUCUUCGUGGCUGAGCGCUGGUUCAUGAAGGACGAGCUCGGGCCCCUCCUCAGGAAGCAGGGCUCUCAGUACUGGGCCCGCCUCGCGCGUCACCUGGAGAAAGAGAAUCCCGGUUGGGUGCGCGGGGUAAACGCGCUUCAGAAGCAGUGGCGCAAUCUUGUGAACAUGUACAAGCAGAUCAAGAAGGGGGAAAAGGCGAGCGGCAAGGGAGCCGUAUGCAAGCCCCCCUGGUACCCGUACAUGGCGCUUUUCAAGAACAACAAGGCGGUGGGCAACCCUCACGCCGUCGACGGUGGCGGUGCGGCACACGUCAACGUGCCGUACGGGUACGAGGUCCCGUCCACUUCGGCGCCCUACAACUCUACGCCGACAUUAACUGAUGAUCUGCAGCUUUUCCUGCAGUGCAAUAGGGCAGACGGCCUCUCCCUAUUUGACCUCACUUCUGGUGCCUCCCCUGCCCCUGCUGCUGAUGCUGACGCCACUGUUCGCUCACAAUGGGCCACACGUGAUGCUGCUGCUCGCCUUGCUGUGCGCCGCCACUUACCGACCACUGAGCGUGCACACUUUAGCCAGUACAAGAGUGCUCAGACCUUGUACGACGCUGUAGUUGCACGCUACUCUUCCCCUGCCACUGCUGCACUGAGCCGCCUCAUGCUACCGUACCUCUUCCCUGACCUUGCUGCCUUUCCCACAGUCGCUGACCUCAUUACGCACCUCCGCACUAGUGACACUCGCUACCGCGCUGCGCUUCCUGCUGAUUUCUGCGCCAAGAACCCCCCCCCCAUGUACAUCACCCUCUACUACAUAGUCACCCGGCUCCCUGACUCUCUUCGGGUAGUCAGGGACCACUUCCUCUCUGUUUGCCCCGCCACUCUCACCGUUGACCUCCUCGAGAAGGCCCUCCUAGCGAUAGAGAAGAGGAUAGUCGCUGUAGGAGCCUCUCGUGGUGACCCUCGCACCCCCGUCUUUGAGAGGUGUUCUCCCUCCCCCCUCUUGCCCUCUGUUGCCUCUGCUGCUACGGCCGACCUCGUUGGUUUCGAGUCGGUCGGCGCUGCGUCUGCACCGAGCGGGAGACACCGCACCAGGAAGGGCAAGGGGGGCAAGGGCACUGGAGGGGCUGGAGGGGGUGGUGGAGGUGGUGGUGGAGGCGGUGGAGGGAGUGGGGGUGGUGGUGGGAGUGGUGCCGGGGUGCGGAGGCCCGCAAUCCACCCAGCGCUGCUUUGGUCGCCGACGGACGCAUGGUGUCGCCAGUUCCCUGAGGCGUCAGAGAUCCCUCGCUGGGGAGAUCUGGCUAAGGCCGGGGUUGCCAUCUUUGAUCUUGACUUUGAUGAUAUCCUUGCUGCCAUGUAUGCUGUUGAUACUAGUGUUGCUAGUGACGGUUACCUGUGUGUACCGCCUGACCCGGGCAUUGAGGCUGCUGCUCUAGGUGCUGGUGAGGCUGCUGCUCUAGGUACUAGUGCGUCUUCUGCCCCGGGUGCCAGUGCGUCUGCCGCCCCAAGUGCUGGUGAGUCUGCUCUCUCAGGUACUACAUCGGCUCAGGCCUUCCACACCUUCACCCUGGACUCGGGUGCGUCCCGCUCCUUCUUUCGAGACCGCACCACUCUUAUGCCGCUUAGUCGGCCGGUUGCAGUCUCCCUGGCAGACCCCUCUGGGGGUCCUAGCUUCUCCACUGUCCUUCCGUGCCCUGCAGCCCCCUCUGGCACCCUGUCUAGUCUCUACCUCCCCUCGUUCUCUACGAACUUGGUGUGUCCCAGGUAG